CCAUCUCGGUGUUUAUUUUUUUUCGCUCACUUUUUUCUCUCUUCUCCCUUGCCAUUUUGUGUUUCAAUAACUAAAUUUUGUCUGAUUCCCCCGUGUCUCGCAAUUUACAUAGUCGGUUUUUUCGAUAACAAGUUAUUUCCAUUCGAUUCAAAAGAGGAGAACAAAAUAUCGCGAUGAUAUUCAAUCUCUUCGAGUGCAGUAUAUACUCCAACAAAAAUUUAACUUUUUCACCAAAACUCGUAACUCAUAUUUUCCCGGUGUAAUCAGCAACUCGGUCACGAUCAAGCUGUCAAAAAAGAGUGCAGUUCUCGUACGAGAAAGAGCGCGGAAAAACCGGUGACAAGAAAAGUGAAAAAUCGUUAAUCGUCCUAACCUUAUCGUCAUUAGUGUGUUUCAUCUCAUGAAAAACCAUGUGUUGUAAUCGCGUGUUUUCAAAGUGAAAAGAAACGUUUCCAAUUCUUUUAAACGGUUGUUUCGUCAAUGAAUAAGUGUUUGCAUGAAGUUUGGUGGAUGAUUCAUUAAUAUUAAAGUUUUGGCAAAGAAUCAAUAAUAUCACAGAUUUUGGGAGAAAAGUGAUAAACGCGUUAUGUGACGAAAGAGGAGCUCAGCAAAGUUUGGCGGCGAGUCGGUAAAAAGAUCAAACAAGAUACCGAGCUGAUAAUCAACCGUCAGAGGAUUAAUUGGUCCGGAUAAAUAGUGCCAGUCUUUGGAGAUCUAUAGACGCUAAAAGAGAAAAAAAUCACAAGUCAAUCAUGGCAUUGAAUCCUCGAGAUAUGGACGCCUUUGUCGCGCUACUCUCCACUUCUGACAUCAAGAAAAAACUGACUGUUGGAAAUUUAUUGCUCAAUUAUCUCGGGGAUCCUACCAAGAGUAUAGAGUGCCAGGAUAUCGGUUUGUUCAUCGACCAAAUUAUUCCUUGGCUCGCCAAUGGAAAUGCCAAGGUAGUGCAAAAUGGCCUCGAAGUUCUCACGUACCUCGCGGACCGAAUGGGCCACGAUUUCAGGCCUUACAUUUCCACCAUUAUUCAACCGACGAUAGACAGGCUAGGUGACAGCAAAGAUCUGACUCGAGAGAAAGCUCGCCUCGUAUUACUAAAAGUUAUGGAAAAGGGUAGCAUGAUGCCUCAGCAAUUGCUCGAUCGCCUCCAUCCAGCGUUCGGCCACAAGAAUGCAAAACUUCGAGAAGAAGCUCUCGUGCUGCUCACAACGACCCUUAACGAACACGGAGCAGACGAGAUGCUACUUUCAGGCGUGAUACCGAGUAUCGUCAAACUGCUCUCGGACCCGAACGAAAAGGUUCGCGAGACCGCUGUCAACACAGCCGUGACAAUCUACACCCACGUGGGCGAGCGAUUCCGCAUGGAUCUUCAGAGAAAGCACAACGUACCACAAGCAAAAUGGGCUCUGCUGGCAGAAAAAUUCGAUCAAGUAAAAACGGACGGAGACUUUUUACCACUGGCAUUGUCUUCCGAUGUUGGUAAAGAUAACGACGAGCCAGAUAGAGCGAUCAAGUCCGCGCCGGUCAAGAGAACGACGAGCGUUCCACUCAAGAGAAGUCAGUUUGGUCCUGCAAAAGCCCCUUUGAGUACUCCAGGCCAAGCCGGUGCCGUGGACGAGGAGACCUUUUUGACCGCGUUCGAAGAUGUUCCGUCUGUUAAAUUAUUCUCGGCCAAGGAUCUCGAGGAGCAAAUGAAGGUGAUAAGCGAGACCAUAGGCGACGACAAAAAAGACUGGAAACAAAGAACCGACAGCUUGAAAAGGCUACGAGGCAUAAUAGUCGCGGGUGGUACAAAUUACGAAAACUUUACGGAAUUGUUGAAAAGUAUCCAGCGGCCAUUUGCGGGCGCCUGCACAGAUCUGAGGUCUCAAGUAGUCAGGGAGGCGUGCAUAACCCUGGCCUUUCUAAGUCAUCAUUUGAAGAACAAACUCGCCGGCUUCGUUGAGGCCAUUCUAGUCUCGAUAAUGAACCUCAUACAAAAUAGUGCCAAGGUGGUCGCAACGGCGGGUGCGGUGGCGCUACGCUUCAUAUUUCAAAAUACCCACAGCGGACGGUUCAUUCCGAUUAUAGCAGCUUCUCUGAGCAACAAGAGUAAAGAUAUACGUCGCGCCUCUUGCGAGUAUCUCAACCUCAUACUGCAAUCGUGGCCCACUUUAAUUCUUCAGAAACAUGUGACAGUACUUCAGGAUGCGAUAAAAAAAGGCGUCGCUGAUUCUGACUCGGAAGCUCGUGCAUUCGCCCGGAAAUCUUACUGGGCUUUCAAAGAUCAUUUUCCGGAACAAGCAGAGGUUCUUUUGAACAGUCUUGACGCUACCUACAAAAGAUCCCUCAUGUCUUUGAGUAACAGCGGGAGUAUAAACAGCCUAAAUACAGUACCAAGGUCAAUGAACACGAGUCCUCGUGCCUCGAGGCCGGGGCUUUCUUCAACAGAAACUGUCGUGAACACGGGCAGCACGGAAAAUUUGCAAGCGAAUGAGAGCCCGCCCCACGGGCUCCUCAGGCGGACACCGUCUCUGCCACGCUCCUAUCGUCAGUCCGGAAUACCAAUUCUUCAGCGACAGUCCACUGACAAUUACUGUCGAGUCACGCCCGGCCCGAGAUCGACGAGCGCGAUCGAUCUUCAAGCAGCGAAACGAGCCCAGGCUAGAACGGUUUAUGCCAAUUUGAACCGCAUGCGAGCCACUCCGCAUAACGAUCAUGGAGGUGAAGGUGCUACGAGACAAGCUCGCUUCAACAGAUCACCGGACAUGGCCGCAGCAGCCGCGAACACCGAAAGAACACCGAGGACUCGCACAAAAGUUGCCGGUGUUUCUCAAUCUCAACCGAACAGCAGAUCAGGUUCACCGUCGUCGAGAUCGAGUUACGCGACGUAUAAUCGCGAUAACGAAAAUUCAGCGAUUAGACCACGUCGUCUCUCCGGACAGGGAAUUCGUAGCGGAAGCAAUAGUCGCGAACCCAGUCCUCAAAGAUUUGCCAUGGAUCGGAGCUUCGCUUCGAAAAUAAGAGGACGAAAUAUGUAUAUGUCACCGAGUGAAAGACCACCGACUUCAAGGCCGGUGAUGGCUCAGAAAAUGCUGCAACAGUCGCGCGAGGCGGAAUCUGCUCUGGCUGAUGCGCUCACCGGUAAAGGUGACCACAGCGAUGACAGCGAAACCAACAGUAUCUGCUCGGAGCACAGCUUCGACGGUAUCAGACGUGCCAGUGAUUCGUAUUCGUGGAGCGGCUCGCAACAGAGACUUUAUCGCGACCAUUGGGAUCAAUCGAUUGUUAAGGACAUCAAGGAAAUAAUCGAGAAUUGUGGUCGUAACCCAUGGACCAAUCGAAAAGAAGGUCUCAUAGGGCUUCACAACUUUCUCUCUAAUGGAAAUACGCUAUCAGCCUCGGAGCUCCGCAAAGUCACCGACAUAUUUGCUAAAAUGUUUAUGGAUUCGCACACCAAAGUGUUUAGCCUUUUCCUUGAUACACUAACGGUAUUGAUAACGACACAUCGAGAGGAUUUAAAUGAUUGGCUUUAUGUGCUUUGUGCGAGGCUCCUCAACAAAUUGGGCACCGAUCUUCUUGGCUCUGUACAGACUAAAGUUUACAAAACUCUUGAUGUUGUUAGAGAGUCCUUUCCCGGUGAUCUGUUGUUACCCGCAGUCAUGAGAUUUCUUACGGAUCCUACGCAAACGCCCAAUUCUCGGGUCAAAGUAGCAACGUUGAAUUUUUUGAUGCACGUUGCCGGUAAUUCGCAACCUUCUGCUCUCAACCCAACUUGUAAAUCAGCUCUCGCGCGAUUACUUAAUUGGACAAUGGACGUUAAGAGCCAGGACGUAAGGAGACACGCCGAAGAAGCCGUAAUCGCACUUUAUAAUCUCAACCCGCCUCAAUUCCCAAUGAUUCUCGGUGAAUUGCCGAAAUUCUAUCAGGACGCAGCUAUGCCUCUCAUUCAGGCACAUUUGAAAAGAUCAUCGAGUUCGAGCAAUCCGUCGUCACCGGGUAUGGAAACCGGACGUUUGUUGCAUUCACCAGCUCGCACGAGAACGAAAACAGACGUCGAUAUGACAGAUGCCGACAAUCUCAAUCCCGAGGAAGUCUACAAGUCUUUGAGACGCACGACAGCCGAAAUACAAAAUUAUGGUUUCGAAAGAACCACAACCAGUAAAGAUAGCGGUAUAAGCAACAUGGCUGAUGUCGAAGAGAAAAUGGAGAGUCUCACUCUAACAAAUUCCGGCCGUUCUUCGUCCGUGUCUUCGCCUACGCAGCGUGGUAAGCCUGUUAACAAUAAUGGCUCGAGUGACACAAUAGCUGGCGAUUUGAUAUUGCCGCAACAGCAGGAAAAUAACGGUUACGGAACACAUAGUUCUUCUCCGGACAUGCUACUCCGAGGUCCGGAAGUUGUUGAUAACACGAUCAAGACGCUCCAGUCCGCGAUUAGUCAGAAUUCUGCGAAAGUUCAAGCCCUUGAAGAAUUUCAACUGUACGUACGCGACUGUGACGCGGCCUACAUAAAACAGCAGUUCAAAAAAUUACUAAAGACCCUUCUCGAGUGUCUAGCGUCAGAGGAUAAACAGCUUGAGAUUCAGGUGCUUCAGACGCUGAUCGAGAUGCUUAAGUGUCCAGAGCUUGUUGAGUCGUUCAGCAAGUACGCGGAAUUGGUGGUAUUGAAGGUUUUGCAUGCUCACAAAAUCGACGAGCCGCCAGAAAAACCAUGCGACGCGACGAGUUCCAGCGCAGUUGCUGUUACCAGUCCUGACAGACCUGCCAAACAGUGGCACGGGCUUAAAGUAGCUGAAAAAUGUGCGGCAAUGAUUGCGAGGGUACUGCCGGUCGAUCAAAUAAUACGCCUAGCUUCAACCUCGAUUACGACAGAACCUUUUCCCAAAAAUGUUGGGGCCAUCAAAAUGUUGCACGAGGCUGUCGAACAUCGAGGUCGUGAGGCAAUCGAACCAUACUUAUCGGAAAUCAUGCCCGGUCUGAUCACGGCUUACGAUGACCACGAGAGUAAAGUACGAAAGAGCGCUGUGUUUUGCAUGGUAGCAAUACACAACGCGGUUGGCCAAGAAGUAAUGAAGCCGCAUUUGGUUCCACUGUAUGGAAGUAAGCUCAAGCUGUUGAACAUUUAUAUACAAAGAGCACAGCAGACGGCGAGUCAGCCAGCGAGUCCUCGUGGCAAGAACUAACUGGUAGGGAACAGCGGUGGUAGCGCCGCGACCGCCGCGACUAUCGCGACACUUAGAAUCUCCUUGCUCAAGAGAUUCGCUAGACUCGGAGCUAAGCACGAGCUCAUGCUCCUUCACUUUCUCACCAAAAGGAGCGCCUGAGAGUCUCAAAAGCGCUCAAACAAAAGUCCCUCAAAAGAGAAUCUGUACCCGUAUACAUCUAUAAAUAUAUUUAUAUAUAUACACAAGAUGUAUAUAUAUAUAUUUAUGUUUAUAUGAGCUCGUGCGCGUGCGAUUGUCCAGGACAAACAACGGUAUUAAAAUAUCCACUGUACAUAACCGAGUUUACGCAUCCCAGGAUGAAUAAAUGCCGAGAGUGACACACGAUUUCCGCGUAUUUUUAUUUUUUAUCGUAUUUUUCUUUUGUGCUUACCUCGCGCGUUUUUUUCUUCAUCUUACCCUCGUUUCAAAAUCCACGUGAUGUCAAUUCUCUAUCUCUAAUAAUUGCAAUUUCGUGCCAUUAACCGACGAGCUAAAACAACAAUUCUCUUCUCUCCUUCUCUAACUCCUUAACUGUUCUUGCUCUCUUUACUCCUUACUUCGUGUAUCAUAUGUAUGUAUAGCAAAGUCCGAUAUCGUGAAACGAGGAGAGAGAAUGGCCGCUCGGUGCCAAAGAUACGUAGGCCUUAACGGCAUGAAAGGAAAAUUAAAAGCUAAGUAAGGAUCAUUCAUAAACUUGUCAUUGAUUGUGAGUUUUUUGUUUUUUGCUCGGUAUAAAAUACAGAAAAAUCAAAUGUUGUUCGUUUUUUUUUCCUUUUUGAAUUAUCAUCAGGAUGACGGUCUCGAUUAUGUGACAAUUUUGUAAAUACAUUGCGUCAUACGUUUAAGUAAUAAGCCUACAAUAAUGAUUAAUCGAUAAGGAAAAAAACUUGUGAAAACAGCGGAAGAGAUGGGCCAUGUGUUCUCGGUCACGGGCGCGGGUUUCGUCUCGUGCCGGAACGUCACAUUUCGGGAAAUUCGAGUUUCGCGUUCGGUCCUAGACGAACCGUCGCACGCGUACCGGCGUUUCUUCACUCGAAUUGAAACACGAAAAGAAAAAAAAACCAACAGAAUACGAUCUAAUAAAAAUAGUACAUUGAUUUUAAAACCGACGAACAUGAAGGCGAAAAACAAUGGAGAAAUAAGACAAUUGAAAAGAAUUAGUUGAAUAACAAAUUUUAGCUUGUUCUGUUAAGUUUCUCGAGUACUAUAUUGCAUUGAUAUUGAAAUUUAUAUAUUAACUAUUGCAUCGACAUGAUGGACGUUUUAUUCAUUUUCAACCAAAUGAUACGGUGAAGAUUGGACGUGACUUUGCUGUUUUUUUCCUUUAUCGUUUUUAUUUUUUCACGGCGCUCAUCAUAUUAAGCGCUCUUUUGCAAUCGCGUUGUACACAAACUCAAAAGAAAAAAAAUAUUUAUGCGCGCGUAAUUUUUUCACCGUUACGUACUAUUAACUAUUUUUAUAUACUAUAUAGUUGUACGAAUUGUUCGUCCGAGUGAUAUGGAAUGCUAUUAUCGCUUAUGAGGAAAAAACGAAGCAUAAAAAAUUGAAGACUCACGCCUGUUGCAAGCAUCAUUGGCUACGAUCGAUUGGAUUCGCAAAGGGGGUCGCAAAGCGAUCGCGCGCCUAUCGGCUUUUCAGAUCUUGUGUUGCUGAUUUUUUUUUCCAAUUUUUGUUUCUUCUUUUACUCGGCGCGCUUUCUAUUCGAUUUUGCAACAGUAUUAUUCGCUUCUCACGUGAUAAACGACGAAAAGAAAGUUGGUGAAAUCCUGCAGAUUUCGUUAACGCAUACGACCUUUCUUAAUCAUCGCUAUUUUUAUCCAUUUCUUUGCGCCUCUGAUUUAUUGCAUAAGGCAGCGUUAACGAUGAAUUGAAGAAAAAAAAAGGAUAUUGUUACGAGCUCGAAAACAACAUUAAACGUCUAUUUACAACUCAAAGAAGCAAUUGAAGAAAUGCAUAGAAAAAAAAACCGAAAAAAUUAUCACAAUUAAACAGCAUAAACAAUUAAACGAAGGCAUAAUGACACAGGCAAUUUUUUUCACGCUAUUGUAAUAUAUCUUAAGGACUUGAUUAUUAGAAUAUUUACCGUAUUGUUAUUGUAAUUGCCAACUUGAUAUAAUAAAUUAAAGUAUUGCGAUAAAAAUAA